AUCUCGGAAGGACAUGGUGUUUCUGGAGGAUGACUCUGUAUCCAAAGUGGUGCACAGCAUGAACGUGAAUCACUUGCGCUGGGUGGUGGUGCAGUUCCGGAGCGGUCGCCGAGAGUUCUUCGACUACAUGGACCUCUGCCACGAGAUCGUGAAGAGAUGCCGCGGACACGUCGAUGCAUCCGUCAAGGAGAUUGGCCGCAUGAAGGUAGGGGCUUUAGCCAACUGCUCCGGGUACUCCACUUUUGUGCCUACCUCGGUGAUGACGCCCCUCAGCAAGGUGCUGCAACUGCUCGGCGAAGGCGAAGCCCCCGUGCAUCGUGUGCCGUUGGUGGACGCUGCUGGCGAGCUGACACGGGUCUUCUCCUGCAUUGACUUCCUAGACCUCGCUCUGCGCUUCGACACCCCGACGGCCGUGCUGAAGUCGAGGGAGGCGAGCACCUUUGACCGGCGCAAUGCCGUCCUUCAGGCGCUGUCGGUGCCUCAUGACCAGACCGUGUUGCACGCUCUACGGAUCAUGGAUGCCGAAAAGUUGACGAUUUGUCCUGCCAGUUCGAAAGAGCUGUCGGGGGACAUGGGCGGCGCCGUUGCCGUGGGCGUGGUGGCUGUGGCCGAUCUGAAGCUGGUCCUGGAGACGGAGCAGUAUCACGUGCUUGAAUUCAGCAUAGAUGAUUUCCUGGCCUGGAGAAACAACGUCGUGGCAGUCGACUCGGCCAAGUUGGUGCGCCAACGGAGUCUGCGCCGAUUCAACGUGGUUUCUGUUGACCAUCACGAGACGCUGCACGUGCUCGCCAAACGUUUGCUUGCAUCAAAGCUGCAGCGCAUCUUUCUGAGCUCUCACGAGAUUGCUCGAAUUGUGGGCAUCGUUUCUUCUCGCGAGAUUUUGAUGGAGGUGCUUGAUCAACUAUUGCAAGCCAGUACCCUCAACUUACGAGUAGAUGGAAGCCUACGGACCCGGACGAUUGAGUGAGCCGUGCCAUGAUUUCCUGGCUCCUUCGGGAGGAAAAGUGAAACACCACGCCCCAUGCCAUUCCUUCUCCGCUUACAGCGACCGGUGUGAUGUCGCGGGCUUCUUGAAGGCUGCCAACAGCAGCGCGUCAGCGUGUGCGCGGCGAAACGCCGCAGGUUUCCGAGUUCCAGGUGGCCCCUAGGCGGCAACCUUCGUUUCAUAGAAAUCGAUGUUUCUGG